AAAUGUCAUGAAAUAAAUUAGAAUACUAUUAUAAAUUGUAUUUUACUACAUUAGAACAUAUUAUGUGUUAAUAUGUAUAUAUUCUUAAUUUUUUAGAUUUUUAUUAUAAUGGGUAUUUAUGGUGUGUAUAUUGUGUCAAAAUCUGGAGGACUAAUAUUUAACUACGAUUACAAUGUUCCAAAAAUUGAAACCGAACAAGCUUUUAGUUAUCCUUUAGACUUAAAACUUUUACUUGAAAAUAAUCGUUUAUUGGUUUCUUUUGGUCAACGAGAUACUAUUAAAGUCGGUCAUGUCCUAUUGGCUAUUAAUGGUAUUCCUGUGUCUGGAAGAAAACUAGAAGAUGGCAAAGAUGCAUUAGAUAUGUUAGAUGAUGCUACCAAUUAUCCAUUAAAUUUAAAAUUUGGGAGACCAAAAAUGACUGUUAAUGAAAAAAUAUUUUUAGCUAGUAUGUUCUAUCCAUUGUUUGCUAUUGCAUCUCAAUUAAGUCCAAAACCAAGAAGUUCAGGGAUUGAAACAUUGGAAGCUGAUACAUUUAAGUUACAAUGUUUUCAAACAUUAACUGGUGUAAAAUUUAUGGUCAUAGCAGAUCCAACACAUACAGGAUUAGAACAACUUUUAAAGAAAAUAUAUGAGCUUUACACAGAUUUUGCUCUUAAGAAUCCAUUUUAUUCUUUGGAAAUGCCUAUAAGGUGUGAACUAUUUGAUACAAAUUUACAAUCUCUGUUGGAACAAGCUGAUAAAACUAAUAUAAAUAUAAAUAAUUGCAAAUAAUAUUUAGUUGAGACAUAAUUUUAUUUGGUAUACAUUACUUCAUUGUUAACACAUUUUUUAAAUUGUUAAAAAAUAAUAAAAAUUGUAAUCAACA